GUAUGAGGAGAAAGGCGAGCAGACCAAUAUCAGCAUCAAAGACAUUACACAAAAAUAGGGAUAUUGGUGGUUGUAUGAUUCUUGGGGUUAUAUAAGCAGCUCUCCUCGUCAUCUUUGUGUUGUAGUGUCGAUAGAAUUGAGCAUCGUGUAGUGUCUUUAAGACAGUCAGCACAUUCGCUUAGAGUGAUGUCAAACUUAUUAAGAACAGUCUCGGCUGGGGCUAGGUAUCCCUAUAGGUAUGUGGUGAACACAAGCCGAAACUUCUCAAGGACUUUACCAAGGAGUGAGAAACCAACAGUUCCAUCAGAGGCAGUUACAGAACAGAAUGCUACGUCUUUGCACCGUAAGUUUGUUACAGUGAUACAUAUAACAGAUAAAAACAACACCUACACAUUGAUAUUUGUGGAGACUUCAAACUACAAGCACCGUGUCGAAAAAAUGACUUAUGUGGUGAAGCCAUACCAGAAAUAUGCUUUGGUAUGGUCUGGGACAUACAAGUCAGUCGCUGAUGUCCCGGAGAGAGUUUCACAUGGAGUGAUAGACUCAGCUCUCAACAAGGUUCGCGUCAAGAUUGCAGUCUACAUGAUGAUUGCGACAGCUCUUCUGGCUGGGGCUGCAGUGUACAGUGGUAAAAAAGCUGCUCAGAGGGGUGAUAGUCUUGCUGUUCGAGGUUUGGCGUACCACGCAAAACUACAUGAGGAGGCAGCUAAAGAGAAGGAAGCAGCUAUUGCCAAGUCUGCUCAGUGAUGUGUUACAAUGCUGAAGCAGUGUUAAGGUUUUGUAAUAGCAGUGUUUUAACUGUGCUACUUGUACAGUGGGCGCAUUGCAGUCAAUAAUAAAAUGGGAUGGAUGGCCUAGUGGGUACAGCACACUGUUCUUUUCUGAAUGUAGUUUAGUGUGUUAAGAAUAGUGGGUUAAUUAAACAGUUUCUAUAAAUUCUGUGCAGUUACAGAUCAGUACAGUAUGGAUGCCACUCCCCUCCUCCCCUUUUAUUUUAUAUUUGAUUACAAAAUAAUAUAACUUAUGGAUGAAACAUAAAUUAUAAAUUAAGGUCUAUCUACUGGUGUGAUGACAAUGUUCUGCUAGUUUGCAUCAGAUCCUUGUUGAGAACAGGACAGAAUUUAUGCUGCUUCAGUGUCAGUUAUAGUCUUUUCAGCUUUUAUGCCAUAUGGUUUUCUAGUCUAAGUGGUUCUACCUUAAAAAUGCAGGUGCUGUGUUCUUCCAGUUUGGUGGUCUCCUGCAAGACUGCGUGGAAUCACAACCCAGAAGACCACAAUCGAACCUCUUUUUCGGGUAUAUACUGUAGUUCUAGUCUUUGGUCUUUUCUUGUCCAGUGAAGUAAAGGGAUAAAUUUUUGACAUGGGAGCACUCUUAAGGAAGACUUUUUUACAUGCACAAAUUAUAGCUGGCAGAGGGAUCUUAUGGUUUAUAACAUGGGUAGAGUGGGUGCUUGGUGAUCUACAGGUUUAAAAAUUUUAGGGUUUGGUAGAGGUGGAGGCUUUGAUCUGUGUAGUUAGAUCUGACUGGGGAUUGAACACAGACCCUUCCAAUGGAAGUACAGGCUUGUGAAAAUUACCUUCCUCUCAGUUUAUAAUUAUACAUAUAAAUUAAUUUUAAAAAGACUGUAAAAGUACACAGUGCAUUCAUUAGAAGAAAUUAUAAAGUACAUGCACAAAAAAAAUUAACCCAAUAAUGAAUAAUGAAUUCUUUCUGUACAAUAAACAAGCAUUAAAUUCAUAUGCCACUAUUUGUUCUUAAUUGAAUUCAUAUUCAAAUUGGCAAGAAGUGUGCAUUGUAAUAGAGCACUAAAUUAACACAAUAAAAAUCUGAUUUAAACAGUU